AUGUCUAAUCGAACUAAUCCAACUGCGAAGCCUCCGCCCCUAGGCAGGAAUGCUAUCGCAAAGACAAAGCCGACGCUGGAUCCAUCCAGGUCCCCAGCAAACCCAAUACAACCCGUACCGCCAGCAGCAGUCCUCACAGGCCGGCCGCCACCAGCCAAGAGAAAAGACGAGGAUAAGACUGGAACAAUGACCUUUGAGGUAGAGAUUGAGUUCAUUGCAUUCUGCAGAGAAGCACCAGCAUAUGAUGCCACCAAGGACAAGGAAUGUCCCUAUGUCUUGAUACCGGGUACCCAGAUACGCAUUCCCAAGAGUUCCUUGACAGGGUUUAGAGGCGCUCCUUAUACUCUCCCCACACGUCAUCGCGCACUCGUACCUGGUCAGCCUUUUGAAGAUCUCGGUCUCGAUCCUGAUAACCCGAAUUACAUUCCCAUCCGUCGAGGUGGAGGGGCCAUGGAUGGCUUUGACGAAAUGUUGAAGGAUUUGGAAUCGCGCCGCGUCGACAUCGUUCAUGGAGGGCCUCGCACCCGGCUCCCGCCGGGCAUGCCGGAAAUCAAGGACCCAAACCUCCCGCGGUUCGCAGCGAAUACGGAUAACCGGUUACACCACCACUGGGUACUCGAAUACAACCCCUCGGCCGCAUUGGACAAGGAAGACGCGCACAUGGCCACGGGCGAGAUCCACGCUCUGCCCCUCCGGCUCACCACGCCCGCCAUGACGAGGAGAAACGGCGACUGGGCCGAGCUGUUCACCGUGUGGAAUCUGGUCAAGAAGCACUACAGAAUCCACAUCAACGACAGCUGUGGAAUCAACGUCAACGUGGGCCUGCCCAAGAAGCGAUUCUCCGCCGACGAGCUCCGCGACGUUGCCCGUCUCUGCUGGGCCACAGAGGGCAUCAUGUUACAGAUUCAUGGUCCCCAACGUUACCAGCGCAACGCGUUUCCAUUGCGCAGGUGGUCGGCCUUGGGGCGUGGAAUGACUGCAGAGAACUUUGGCGACGACCAAAAGACUGAGUUUACCCCCCGACGGGGCAUCACGCUCCUAGAAGGUGAUGCAGAGUUGAAAAAGUGCACGACCGAGGCCCAAGUAUCCGGUCUACUGCAACACUCGGCGAAACAGCUGUCCUUUGACUUCAAGAACUAUCAUCCCGACUACUUGCAGAGUCAGGAAUUGGCCAAUCUAGUUGUUGAUCACACGAUUCAGUUCCGUCAAGCGGGAGCGUCCAUCAACGGAGAAUGGAUCGCCCACUGGACCAACAUUUGCGUCCGUAGCUUGGAGUGGCUGUUUGAAGAUGAGAACAGGUCGAGGCUGGACACUAUUGCCGAUGGUUGCUUACUAGGAGAGAAUGGCAGUGAACAGGACGCGGUAGAUGUGUUGAAGGAUUUUCUCAAGGUGACUGGAUGUGGUGAGCAAAGCGAAUACUUGCUUCGCACGGAUCUAGAGUUCAGGACUUAUGGUGGUACUCCGACUCUUACGCCUAACCCUGACUCUGCGACAGUCGCUGCUCCAUCUGGUCCAACAUCUUGA